CGCUCCGCGCGCCGGUUCCGGUCUCGAGGCGGCUGCGGGUGUGCUGUGGCCUCAGCGCGCCGUGGUGGUCGGGAGCGUCAUGGCUGCUGCCGCGUGGAUGCCUGCGGUUUCUCGACUGCUAGGUGCUUUCAAAAACCAAAAACAGGUGACCAGAAGUUUUGGUAAUGCUGUACAAACAGUAACUUUAAUCCCAGGAGAUGGCAUAGGACCCGAAAUUUCAGCCGCUGUCAUGAAGAUCUUUGAUGCUGCAAAAGCUCCUAUUCAGUGGGAAGAAAGGAAUGUUACAGCUAUCCAAGGACCAGGAGGGAAGUGGAUGAUACCUCCAGAUGCCAAAGAAUCCAUGGAUAAAAACAAAAUGGGAUUAAAAGGGCCUUUAAAGACCCCGAUUGCUGCAGGGCACCCAUCAAUGAACCUGCUUCUGCGUAAAACCUUUGACCUUUAUGCAAAUGUACGUCCCUGUGUCUCAAUUGAAGGGUACAAAACCCCAUAUACAGACGUGAACAUUGUCACAAUUCGAGAGAACACGGAAGGCGAAUACAGUGGAAUUGAGCAUGUGAUUGUUGAAGGUGUUGUGCAAAGUAUCAAGCUGAUCACAGAAGAAGCUAGCAAGCGUAUUGCAGAAUUUGCUUUUGAGUAUGCCAGAAAUAAUCAGAGAAGCCAUGUUACUGCUGUGCACAAGGCAAAUAUUAUGAGAAUGUCUGAUGGACUUUUCUUGAGAAAAUGCAGGGAGGCAGCAGAAAACUGUAAAGAUAUUAAAUUUAAUGAAAUGUAUCUGGAUACUGUGUGUCUGAAUAUGGUUCAAGAUCCAUCACAAUUUGAUGUGCUUGUUAUGCCAAACUUGUACGGUGACAUCCUCAGUGACUUAUGUGCUGGACUGAUCGGUGGUCUUGGAGUAACACCUAGUGGAAAUAUUGGUGCUAAUGGAGUUGCAAUUUUUGAAUCGGUUCACGGAACAGCACCAGACAUUGCAGGAAAAGACUUGGCAAAUCCAACUGCCCUUCUUCUGAGUGCUGUAAUGAUGUUGCGUCACAUGGGACUACACAAACAUGCUACAAAAAUUGAGACAGCUUGCUUUGAUACAAUUAAAGAUGGAAAGGUCUUGACAAAAGACUUGGGAGGCAGCGCCAAGUGUUCAGAAUUCACAGAGGAGAUCUGCCGCAGAGUACGGGACACAGACUAAACUUUUCUCCUCCUCCUAAUAAUAACUCCAAAAGGACACAUCACAAAAUACAUUACAUGUAACCUGAUAUCCAUAUGCAUAUAGUUUGCUUGUCUCUUAAGAGAGCAAACUUUUUAGUUAAGGCCUCUCCAUUAAUAAAUUUAGUCCAGAUGGCUACAAAUGAUGCUUGUGCCUGCUUUCAGUGGACUUUUCUAAGUGCUUUGUCUUAUUUAUUCCUUUUUUCUAUCUGGUGAACAUUUUUAUGUAAGCAAAUUCUUUUAUUGCCAUUGUAACUGUCUAUCAUUUUCCAUUUCAACUGAAGGUUUUACUUUCCACAAAUUAAAAAUACACAAAUAAGUCAGUACAGAAUUAGUGAAAUGUAAAAGCACCUUAAUGGUUAAAACCUACUUUAUUGAUCUUACUGAAAUUUAAAAGAUAGGUUUUCAGCUUAACAGCACAAGAUGACCUUCAUAAACAGAAACGGGUAUAAAAUAACUUAAAAUAGCAAUUUCAUGCUAAAAGCAGUGAAAAAACUACUUCAGAUAAUGUGUUGAUUCAUGAAAUACAGCUUUGCCCUUCAAAAGUGUGAAUAAAGAAAUACAAAAUUCUAGAGAUGUAAUCUAUUUUUCAAAAGCUCACAACAAUUUACCAGCAAGGAGUGAGAAUUAAUGUUGAAAUGAAAUUAUUUUUCAAAUCUAUAUACCAACCUAAUCCUUACAAGUCUUAUUCUCUGAAACACACUCUACAACGGAGUUCUAAUGAGCGUAAAUGGUACAAAAUUACUUCUCCCAUAUAUCGUGAGGGGAAAGUAUUAACUUCGCAAAUCUAUACAAAAUAUUUCAUGACUUCUGCUAGAAUGCUUUUUGUGUUGUACUUCUAUGCAUAGUCUGUUCAGUGUGUUUACUGUAUUGACUAGUAAUUUUAUUCUAGAAAUUCUGAAUGUAAGGGACUAGUCCUAAAGGGAUUAAGACAUUGUAGGUUUGGCUCUGGUGCCUAUGUUCCAGAAAUACAUUUCAUCCCUAUUCAAGGGGAUCUGAGACAAUUUUUUUCCCUGCUUACUAAGCUUAAUGGGCAGAAAAGCAACCCUUUUCUCUCCCUUUUUCCUCAUAUACAAGCUUUUCUGAUCUGCGUGUUUUAAGGUGUGCUUCCAUUAGUACACCAUACAAGAAAAUAUGUAUUUUAUGACUAUAGCACAGAUUUAUCCCUACUGCCAGAAUCAGGCUUCUUAAAGCUUAAUUCUAUUAAUAGAUAUUACUCCACUUAGUUAAUUUCUAUUAAGACUCUUUAAGCUGGUUGUUUCAGAAAUUAAAUUGAUUUUGAGUAACAACCUCAGUAAGUAAGCAUCCCAGCUUGCUUUGUACAGUCUUAACAACACGGUGGAGGAGGGACAAUGAGCUUUAUUCCUUGUGCAUUCUGCUUUUGGUGACAGGAAACAUUUCUUCUGGUGUUUUACAAACUGCUGCUUUCUUGUUUCCUUUAGAUUAAUAUUGUUAAAGAAGUUCUGAAUUACCAUUGCGCACAAAAUGGGGAAAAAUAAACUUUUCCAAGUUC